CUGGAGCAAUUUUGAGUCUCAUGAACAAUAUAGUAAAUAUAUAGAAAGAUUCAGGCUCGUGCUAUCCGGGAUAAUUACCCUUUCCCCAUUGAAGCGCUCAUUGGCCUAGCGGAACCCGCUACCCUGUCUAUCACGCAUCUUCAACAGCAAGGGUGGUUAUAUCAAGAUGUACACCUCAGUGUCCAUCCCUUCAUUUCCUAUUGAUUUCGCCUGAAGGCGGGAUAUACAUGAAAACCGAGGUCAUAUUUUUCUUAAUAUGAGUCACUCGCUAGUCACGGCUGCGUCUUUUGAGCCUUUAACAUGUCCGAUCUGCGUUCCAGUGCUCUCAAACCACACCGGCAACCUCAGCCUAAUCAACGAAAAUACCAACUAGAUCGACGCCCUGAGGUCCUUGAAGGCAUCAACGCUCCCUCCAAGAAUAGAUUCAACGUCAGACAUAAGAGAUGGAACAAACCAAAAAGUAAUAAACGAAUGAGAUGAUGUGAUCCCAAAGCCAGUCCUCACCUGCAAGUAAUACGCAUGUUCCCACAUGUCUAUCCCAAAGAUAGGCACCUCAUCCUUCGCGACGAUAUCCUGGUCAUGUGUUGUGACGAUAGCCAACGGCCCCUGGGUUCCCUGGCGAACCAACCAAGCCCAUCCACUCCCUCGAAUUCCCAGCAACGCCUCACUGAAUUUCUGCCGGAAUACACCAUCAUCUUCUCCCCACCGCUGCCGAAUUGCCUCCCAUAGCUUCGGCGCCGCGUCGACCUUGGUUUCAGGGGCUCCCAAAGGGGCCAGGUUGGCCCAGAAGAGCGAGUGAUUGAUGUGUCCACCGGCGUUGAAACUGAUUAUAGCGUGCAGAUUAACCUGAUCGCGAAUGUUUCCUGCCUUUAUCGCCUCCAUCUGGUCUUGAAGCGCUUUGUUGAGGUUUGCCACGUAGGUGUUAUGGUGCUUGGCAUGGUGAAGUUCCAUUAUUUGCGUGGAAAUGACGGGCUCGAGAGCCUAGUAUCGAGAAGUUUUUUUUUUUUUGAUAUCCCGAGUUUAGCCCUACCGCAGAUGCUGCCGCAAGGCGGGAAGGGGCAAAAAAGUUCUUUACUUACAUCGUAGGCAAAAGGGAGGGGUGGAAGAGAAUAUGUCUGGGCCAUGGUUGAGACCAGGGGUGAAAUGUGUAGAAAAUGGGUUAUAGGGUUGUUUGUGCGUGAGAUAUACUGAGAAAUGGGGCAUACAGACGUUUAUGGAAUGGGAAACAGAUGAUAUUAUCUACGCAGAAUCUCAAUCAAUAUACUCCGUACUGUUAGAGAGGUUUCUCCAUUCAGCGAGUUAAUUUGCUCACUGUGUGCCUGAUCUAAGAUAAAGUUCAGAAAUGUGCUCAAACCCCCUUAACGCAUCUUAAAUAGUCUACCAUGGUACUCAUACAUCAAGAGUCAAAGUGGAGAUAUACAGAACAUCCUUUUGCAGAUCCAGCACGCCAGGGAAAGGGCGGAGGGCGGAGGGCGGAGGGCGGAGGCGGAGGCGGAGGCGUUGAUAUGUGAUAUAUACAGACAGACAGGAAUGUAAUCAUCCCCCUUUCUCUCUCGCAAUCAACGAUAGCUACAUGAAAUCUCUCUCCCUCUUAUUUAUACGCUUCCCUUUCAUUCGACCCUCAUCUCAUUACCUCAAACAUAACUACGAAUAUCCGCCAUUAGACGGCGCUGCAUAAGAAUAUGUGCAACGGGUUUUCCUCGAGAACCAGCCAGGGAGGAGCCACAGCCUUCCUUCGACCCCUAAUCACGGAAGCAGACGAAACAGCAAGCAACAGUGUCCUAUUCGACUACCAGGUCACUCUCCGUGAACACCACACUGCUGAAAGGGAGGCGAUUCACUUCUAUAUCAAUAGGCCAACGGGCGAACAGGCAGAACAAAGGCAGAUCCAACCCUUUCCGGUAGAGACUUUUAGAGCCUACUGGGUUGAAAUACAUCCCGACGGCGACCUAACACCCUCUGAAUCCCGAGACGCACUCCCGCCCCUCCACCGCUUCCCACUCCAGAAUCUAACGCGGCCGGAAGAUCUUGAGGCCUCACCCACAGCUCUAGCCAGUAUGAAACUCAUAACUGGUCAGAAGAAGAUGGGUGGCAACUCGACGGUACGGAAGUUGCGACUUGAUACGUGCGAGAUGGGGGUGAUUGGGCGGCGGAUGUUGAUUGUUAAUGCGACAGGGGUGAGAGUUGCGGAGGGCGUUAUUGGGUGGAAUUGAUGUUUAUUGAGUGCAUAAGGUUGAUAUCCAGAGGUCGGGUUUUGGGAGGAAGUAGUGGAGCCAUGAGCAAAUAUGCGCAUGUUGACAAGGGAGUUCACCAGGCGUUGGCGGCGUUGGCGGCGUUUUUUUAUGCGGUUUGCCUUGGAAGAUUUUGUUCCUACUUCUAUCUUUACUCGUCAUUAAAUAUUAACUACCUUAUUUUCUACUCAAUUUUCUCAACGGGGUCGAGAGAAAUGGCAAUUUCUUUUCUAUUUGAAUGCAGGUUAAAGCUUAGGAAAUUUAAUAGAAUGGGACUCUAGAUUUCUGCCUUGAGUUUUUGGUUGCCUGAAUACAAUAGGAUACUCGCCCCUCCCAGGAGCGCAUGUCAUUUUGUUUAGGAACCAGGUCAAUCUCAAUCUAAGUCUUCAAGGCCGUUGCUCUUAACCUAGAG